AUGCUACUUCUGCUCUGUGCUGGGAGUUCACUUGCAGAAGAUUUCUUUUCACCAAAUGUGAACAUUAUUGCUGAGCUCGAGAAACUGAAAACCAUGGAUGAAACGAUAAAAAAAUUAGAAGAAACACUGUCCAAAGUAUUGAGUGAGAAUGAAGCUUUGAAAACCACAGUCCAUGAUUUACAAAAUAAGCUUGAGUCUUUCCAAAAAGAGAAUGAAGUCAAAAAGGUCGCCUUUUCUGUUGGACUUCUGGAAUCUGGAACAGGACACACUGGGCCAACUAACUCUCAAAAAACUCUGGUCUACAAAAAAGUCUUUAGCAAUAUUGGCGGUGCUUAUGACUCAAAUACUGGUAUUUUCACAGCACCAAUCAAAGGAGCCUAUUACUUAAGAUUUUAUGGUCAUUGUCAUGGUGGAACAACAGUGGCAGUCAGUCUCGUAAAGAACGGUGCAACCCAGUGCUCUCUGCAUGCUUGGAAGCCUGCCUCCAAUGGAAAUGCCAGCAAUGGUGUGGUUCUCACACUGGAGAUUGGGGAUCAAAUUUCUACACGUCUUUGGGCAAACACCUGGGUUUAUGAUGACCCAGGAAGUUACACCAGUUUUGGUGGUUUUCUGAUUUUCCCCUUGUGAAUGUUUGAAUCUUGUACCUCAUAUCCAGUGCAAGAUGCAAUGUGAAACAAUUAUUGUAAUGGAACCUAAUUGUUCCUGUAUAAGUAAACCGCAUUCUAGUAAAGAAGAGGCAUAAAUAUGAGGAGAUCAUUGCUUUAGUUAG